AUGCCUUCACAAGACCCAGACGAGUCAACAGAUGAGUCCACCCAUGGUACUUUAGAUGAGGCGUGGGAUAGACCACUGUUUAUGAGUGAGUCGUUACGUGAAGAAACACCAGCUUUAGAUGAAGCAAUUCCCAGUAGGGAGGACAGUUGGCUACAAUGUCAAUCCAGACGUGAGACUGACCUGGAUAAUGAUGACAUAUACAUUAUACCUGAAGUGGAGAUUGAACCUGUGAUGGAGCCAAGUGAGUGGUCGGGAAUUCAGCUUAUACCAUUACAACAGGACCAGUUGGUUGAUACUGAACAGGGUUGA